AUAUAAAUACAAAAUGGAGUCAAUGGAAGAUACUGCUGAUAAAUCAUCAGAUGCAAUCCAAGAAGAAAUAGCGUUUAAAUGGCCACAAGAAGCUACUCUUUUAUUAAUAGAAGAGUAUCGAUCGCGGCAGAAUGAUUUCAUGAGUGGGAAGAUGUCUCAAAAGAAAAUAUGGCUAUUAAUUGCCGCAAAAAUGGUAAAACAUGGUUAUAAAGUUAGUGGAGCACAAUGUUUAUCAAAAUUUUCUGGUUUGAAAAGAACAUAUAAAGCAGUUAAAGAUUAUAAUAAAAGGUAUGGCAGUGGAUCAAGAACUUGGACAUUUUUUCCUCUUAUGGAUGAAUUACUUGGUGUGAAUCCAUCUAUGUCAUCUGUAACCACUGUAUCAUCGACAGGAAAAAGAUCGCAAAUGGAAUCUGCAUAUAGUUCAUCUGGUUCAGACAAAGAAGAAGACAUACAACCUAAGAAAAGCAAACAAACAACUACAGUAGAAAAAUUAUUAGAAGAUUUAAAGAAGAUGAGAAAAGUUGCAGAAGAAGCUCAAGAGAGAAGACAUAAAGAAAAUAUAGAGCUACGCCGGAGACUUCUUAAUUCUUUUGACAAAAUGUUAAAUAUUUUAGAAAAGAAAUAA